GGGGAAUUAAACCGUCAGAAGGUUCAAAGUGACAACAGGGGGAUUAACUCAGUCCCUUUCUAGUUUAAAUUCCCUUGGGGUACUAAACCCUGUGCACCGAACAAGCCCUCAAGGUGAAGCUCGACAGGUUUGAGAGUCCUAGUUGCUUUGAAAGAACCAAGCAACAAGAUGCAGGCUGAGGCUGUCAACAAUCUACAGAAUUACCUGGAGGAACCAGAAGGGCAGUACCUCAUCCAGCAACUACUAUUGAAGGAGUUGUUCAUAUAAAGAUCAAAACACCAGAUCCCCAUAAACCAUCGUGUGUGAUCGGCUGAAGGGCAGUACCUCAAGCUACUACUAUCGAAAGAGCGGUUCAUGUAGGGAUCAAAACACCAGCUCGGCAUGGAGCUGUUUGUGUUUCGGAAACGCAAUCGAGCCUUGCAGAGGAGGUGAGUAGGUGACCUGCUAGGAAAUCAGCACCAUAUCUCCUGAGCAUUAUUUAUGGAUAGUCUACCAGAUAAUUUUUUUUGCCCCUUCUGCACGGACCUUGUAUAUUAUGUGACAUGUAUCCGGCCAAGAACAGGUUGAGGUUUCACAGUUUGUUGUAUGUCUAUACCCUGUACCGUGGCCAACUCUGCCCGCCUGUAAUGAGGCCGAAUUUUUUGAGAAAUGGUCUAAACAAUGCUAUUAGGUCUUGUUGAAACUAUGCAUACUUUUUUGACCGAAGUGAAACUAUGCAUACUUGACACUACCAGUGAAUGUAUAGCGUAUAUCUAAGUAUAUCAUAAAACCUAUGAAUCUAAACAUACUAUAUCGUUUUAUAAUUUACUAAAACGUCUUGUAAUUUGAAAUAGAGGGAUUAAUUUUGAACGGAGGAAGUAUUAUAAUUCGGAACGGAGGGAAUAAUUUAGAACGGAGGAAGUAUGUAGCGCGCGAGAAUGAGAUGACCUAGGAAAUUUGGGCUCAUAGAGACAUAAAUUUUGCGCGCGCUUGUCCUCCUUUCCCGCUCGACGCCGCCGCUCGUCCCGGCGUCCCGCCCAUCUCGCCCCGCGCGAGAGCUGCUCCGCCCGCGCCACUGUGGGUGUUGCCAUCUUGCCAACCACCCAGCCCUUCCCCUCUCUGCCACCGUCACGGCGCACUCUCCUCUCCCACGAAUUCGUCAGGCUGCAUGCUAAUGCUAAGACGAGCUCGCUCUUAAAGUUGUUUUUUGGAAACUCUUCGUCAGAUGAUGAUGACGAGUUCGAGUUUGAGAUGAUGAUACUAUAUUUGUUGGCUGCCACUAUGAGCAACAAGAGGCCCAAACAUUGUGGUCCUCUGCGAAGGCGUGCUUUGGUUUGUCGGAAAAAGGCCAGACAUGCUAAGCUUAUGGAGGACCAGUCACCAUUACCCACACGCAGAGACCAAUCCAGCCACUGCCACCUAGCUGCCUCUUCGAGGGUUAGUUCAAGAAGACGCCAGAUCGGUUUUGCAAAAGAGUGUGUCACCGAGAUGCCACGCGCACUGCUGGACUGCGGCCCGUGCAAGCGGCCACGCCUUGGGUGGGACGUCGGCCCUGCUGAGAUGCAUCAGAUGGCCUUCUCUGACGAUGAUGAUAUCCUUGACCAAUGGUUGGAGCAAGAGGAGUCCGAUGAUGAUGACUACUACAUUGCAGCUGCUCUUCUAGCCCACGUGGAGCGUGAGAGGAGCAAGAAGCACUGUGUUUCAGUCCCAGGUCACCAGGUUCAGAUAGGCCUUUGUGGGCAAGAAGUUGUAAAUGCCAUCAGUGCUGUGGAGUUGGGCUUCUCUUCGGAAGCUAUUGUUUCCUCUCCUGUCAACCAAGAGCAGCCUCGUGAUGAGUCCACUCCACUGAGAGAAGAUGACAAAUAUGGGCGUUAUGUUUUUGCUGUUGGAGACAACCUCACAUCUCGCUGUACCUUUGGUCAGGUGUUGGAAUGCUGGGAUAGGGAAAGGAAAGAAAUGGUGGCUAUCAAGAUCACCAGAGGCACUAAAACGUACAGGGAUGCUGCAAUGAUAGAAAUUGGCAUACUUGAGCAGCUUGGAAAAUAUGAUAAAAGUAGAUCCAGGCUUCAUCCCGAUCCCCAAUGGAGGGAUCCUAUUAUAAGUGGUUGCCCAAGUCCAAUGCUAUCAAGGUGAUUGAUUUUGGUAGCACUAUCUAUGGUCGACUGGAUCAGAGUUAUCUGGUAUCCAUUAGGCAUUAUCGGGCUCCAGAAGUUAUAUUGGGGCAUGGAUGGAGUUACCCAUGUGAUAUCUGGAGUGUUGGUUGUAUUCUUAUUGAGCUUUGCACGUCCCACUCUGCAAAAUACAUCAGAGAAGGACGUCUGAAUUGGCCUGGGGGCUGCACUUCAUGGGAGCGCAUGAAAGCUGUGACGAAAUUGCCCAGGCUUCAGAGUCUGGUGAUGCGUAAUGUGGAUCAGUCUGCCGGGGAUAUCAUUGACCUUUUGCAAGGGCUGCUCAAGUAUGAUCCAGCAAAUCGCCUGACAGCGCAGGAGGCGCUGAGGCAUCCCUUCUUCACAGAAGAGUUUUGAGUGAAAAUAUUCCUUGCGGCCUCAUCGUUGGUUAUCUAAUACUUAACUUACUGUCUUAGAAAUUCCGUCCUCUUCUGUGUGUAACACAGAGCAUCUGUACAGAAGCUGAAAUGGAGUUGUUUCAAUCUUGUUUGGUUGAAACAUAGUGUGUCAACUGAUGAAGUUGUAUGAUUGUAUCACAAGGGAAGUCAAAUCUGAGUUGGGCACGUAUUAUCCCUGGUCUGGUUAUGAA